UCAACCUUGAGUUACAAAAAGAUGUUCUUAUGUCCUUACACGUCCCUCGAAAAAGUGGGGCUUCACCCCUUCCCUCAGGGAGAAAAAAAUGUUGAUCGAUACUGCAAUAAGUUACUUUGUAAAACAUUUUUUUUAUCUUCUCUUUUUAACAUUCAUAUGUUGUGAAAGGUGCUUAGUCAUUAUGACAACGCAAACCUACAACGCCCAAGACCAAACAUCAGCGCCGACAGCGGCCUACCCAAACCUAAGAGUUUAUCAACCACAUCAACACCUUUAACUAAUGAUCCUCUUUGGUUGGACAGCUUGGUCGUCGAGGGUGAGAAGGGCCUAUCCUCAGAGAAUUCCAUCAUGGACUUCAAAGCUGACGCCGCGUUUCCUUAGUGGAACACGAAUGUAACGCAUUAUCGGAUUGCGACAAGCACGUAUCCGUAUCUGUGCCCCAAAGCGCCUACGCAUAUUGUCAUCACGUUAUGUGGUGGUAUCAUGUCGCACUCAUUGCGCAGAAACAUGGAGAGCUAGUCCUGAUCAGGACAGGCUGAUCCACUUCGUUAACGGAUACGAUGCAAUUGUUGGAGCAGGAGCUGCCUAUCCUAGCCUAUCUUGCAGGAAUGGGCGACUUUACAGACGCGACAGGCGUUAAGCAUUAUCUAACAGCGCGCGAGCCAAACGAGAACGGCCACUUCGGUGCCGUAGAUCACAUGACUCAUCGCGACUACGAGACGCUUAUCUCGCCAGCCUUGUCUAUAACGCGAGUUCUUAGUGACGUUGCGAGCACGCACAAUCGAGGAGGGGAUUUCCAAAUGCCUGAUGGCAUCCUUCCAAGAGAGCAGUUCGAACAUGAACGCGCACAGGCUAGAAUGCCCGCCCGACAACCGGACGUCGAAGUACCACCACCGGAUGAUGACGACGUUGCCGAGGGAAUAGAAGAAGAAGUAGUUGAAGAGCAGGUACCUGUUCACCAGCGCCAGUAAGGGACGUCGAUGGGCGGCCUUCGCGGUGUUCGUCUUCCGUCGAUGUUCUUCCCAGCUUAAACUCCUUAGCCCAACGUGCUACUGUGGAAUAUGGAGGAGAAGAGUCCCCUAAUGUUUCCAUCAAGUCGCUGUGUAUGUCUUUGGUAGACAUUUUUUUCAAGCAGAGGUAUUUAAUGACUGCUCAGUAGGCUUACUCUUGAAACUUAACUCAAUGUCAAUUUCAAACCAAUCCACUAACAAUACAAUAAUAAGUGCGUACUCUUGACCAGCUUGGAAUUGAGAUCGCAUUGAUAUUGGGAUUGCGUUCGUAUUGGAAAGAUAGGAGUGAAGUUAGCUGCACAAUAGUGAGGACCUAUGCGUUUGCCGCUGUAUCGAUAAACUGAAUGUAGAAUAAAAAACUACAGUUUUUAACCAAUUU